AAAAAUUGGGAUAAAAAUAAGCAUUACCGAUCACAAAACGUCUCUUAUUCUUCUCCCACCACUCAGAUCCAUUUCUCUUUUAUAUAUCCUUCUCUCCGGCGGAAUCUCCGAUCACCGACAAAAGAAAAAGAAAAAAAAUAUGGGUGCGGAGGCAAACGGAUCAUUCAACUUCCUAAUUUACGGCCGAACCGGAUGGAUCGGCGGUUUACUCGGCAAGCUCUGCGAAUCUCAGGGAAUCUCCUACACUUACGGCUCCGGUCGGCUCCAGGAUCGUCAGUCGAUCGUCGCCGACAUCGAGACCGUGAAGCCUAGCCACGUGUUCAACGCCGCCGGAGUCACCGGACGUCCCAAUGUCGACUGGUGCGAAUCCCACAAGGUCGAGACCAUCCGCACGAACGUCGCCGGAACCCUGACCCUCGCCGACAUUUGCAGGGAGAAAGGACUCGUUCUGAUCAAUUACGCGACGGGCUGCAUUUUCGAGUACGAUUCGGGUCAUACUCUCGGGUCGGGUAUCGGAUUCAAGGAGGAGGACACUCCUAAUUUCACCGGAUCCUUCUACUCCAAAACCAAAGCUAUGGUGGAGGAGCUGCUCAAGAACUAUGAGAACGUAUGCACGCUAAGAGUUCGAAUGCCCAUCUCUUCGGAUCUAUCGAACCCGAGGAACUUCAUCACGAAGAUCGCUCGGUAUGAGAAAGUUGUGGACAUCCCAAACUCGAUGACGAUCCUCGACGAGCUCCUCCCGAUAUCGAUCGAGAUGGCGAAGAGGAACUUAACAGGGAUCUACAACUUCACGAACCCUGGUGUGGUGAGCCACAACGAGAUCUUGGAGAUGUACAGAGAGUACAUCGACCCGAGUUUUACUUGGAAGAACUUCACGUUGGAGGAACAAGCUAAAGUGAUUGUGGCUCCAAGGAGUAACAACGAGCUCGACGCCACUAAGUUGAAGACUGAGUUCCCUGAGAUGAUGUCUAUCAAAGAGUCUCUCAUCAAGUUCGUCUUUGAGCCGAACAAGAAGGCUUGAAAUGUUUUUUUUUUCCAAAAGGUAACGGUUCUAAAAAAUCGAAAGGAAAAGAAAAGUUUGAGUUUUUUUUAUAAAAGUGUCUCUUUCUAAGGGUUUAUGGUUGGAAAAGAAAUUGUUGUGUUUUUGUAUUUUUUUUCUUGAAUUGUCGAGAUGUUGUUGUUGUAUUUUUAAAAUAAACUUUUUUGAUUACAAAUAAAAAUGUACCAUUUGCAUUAUUUCCUCUCUUUUUUUGCAAUCAGCCAUAAAGUUAUUGAGUAUUAAUCUUGUUUG